AUGAGCACUAGCUUCAAGAUAGAUAAUGAUAAAGCUUCAGAUCUUCUGUGGUUGGAUGAAUCAGAAGGUUACCUUGAUGUAGCUGAAAGGCCAGCCGACAUCUUCUUUUUCGGCGUAUUUUAUCUCGACAAGCUGUGUGGUGAACCUUUGAAACGGCUAGGAAAUAUAAAAGAGCAGUUGAACAAGCUCGUAGAGGUCUGGAACAAAAACUAUCCGUGGGCAAAUUACGGCGGUGUUCGUAUUGAAAUAGUAGAAAGAUCAGGAGAGAUACCUUUUAUCUUUGGAUAUGUUGAUGCGGGGGGCCAUCGAGAGGAGGAAUACCUGGUGGUAUGCCUACUGCAGAGGCUUUCAGAAACUUUGGAUGAAUACACAUUUAUUAAAGCAUGCGGCUCAGAUGGUGAAAUACUUUUGAUGGAGUGUCACGAUCUGUUGCCUGAAGAAUAUGAGUUUCCAAAAGGCAACAAUCGUUUGUGGCUUCAUGAAGGUAGGUUCAAAUUCAUUCCCGCUGAAGAAUUGAAGCAUAGAGGAUUAUGGCGAGAUGAAGCAUUGACUUUUUUGAUGAACUCCUACUUCAAACUUACUGACGUAUCGCCGUCCAUUGAUCGCAGACUUAAAGAACUGAUAGGAACAGAGAAGUUCCCUGAAAAAUACCUAGAUGAAAUGUUUUGGCUUCCGCUGAAUAACAUGGACGUAUGUUCUUCAAAUAUUUUGCGGAAAGAUCCACAACUCAUCAGUUUGGCGGUCAGGGCCAUGAGCGAUACGGAUGUGGACAAGAGGAGGAUAAACGAGUUCACCAAAGUGACGAACAAUAGCACAGCAAAGGUUUUAAUCUCUAAGUCUCAAGCGAGACUCAUUUUAGCAGUACUGGAGAGCUUGGGUUUGGACCAGGUGUGUGACAAUGUGUCAUCGAUUGUUGGCGCUCUGAUGUCCGAAUCUCUUAGCAGACUUAUUGAUAAAGAAGAAAUUGUUCAGCCUAAAAGUCAGCUCUGCUCAGAUGGCCAAUCUCAACUGGUAAAGCAUUUCAAAGAUCAAAGGUUAAUAAGCGAAGAUUACGAAAUAUCGUCCGUUAACUUCAGCAGUCUGUCUUUAGAAAACAACACGCAUGACUCUGACGCAGACCCCACGUCCAGACUAGAGGGUCUUUUUUCAGAUUUGCGGAAGCAUUUGGAAACAGACAAUCGAAGUUCGGCGGAAGAAUAUCCUCACAGUGAUGAUGACAGCGACUCAGUCGCAGAUCGCGAAGCAUUGAACUAUUUUAGUACAGAAAAUAUCGAUAUCGAUGAGGACGAUUUCUUUGAAUUCUUUCUAACGGAGGCUCUCAAGCUUAACAAAAAUGAGCUUGAAGACUAUCGACGGCAAUUGGAUCCGAGUACGGAAGCCAACGAAGGUACUAGUAGCUCUGAGGAGGAAAGAAGAUUGAUGGCGGAACUUGAUGGCCACUUUGGCAAACCAACUUCCAGCAAAGGCGGUGUCGGACUAAGUUCGUCUUUUGAUGAGCUCAGCUUGGGCUAG